AACCCCUCCCAAAGCCUCGCGCCAUCCUCUCACUGCACUCUGUCUCUUUUUCCAGCGAUGAUACCCAACUCUCGCCACCGGCGAUCUCAGUAGCCGGGGAUUCAAUCUAGCCGCCGCCGUAAAUGAAGGCGCAGAAGGGCCACGGAGCCAAGCUCACGCGGACCCCUUCCUCGCUUCUUCGCUCCCCGACCCUCCGCUCCUCCGUCAACAUCCUCUCCACCGUCGACGAGGCCGCCGCCGCCGACGUCGAUGACUCCGACGAGAGGAAACCCCACCACCUCCGUGGAAGGGGCCGCCCCCACCUCCCCUGCCGCCCACUACUUCCGGCCUUGCUUCCCCUCAUCUUCUUCCUCUUCCUCUUCGUCGUCCUCGUCCACCUACGUGACGACACCACCCUCCUCAGCAACCUCCUCCUCGCCGCCGUUGUGGUCUCACUCGCGUACAUCGCCGCUCGCCAGUCCCGCUUCCUCACUCUCCGCUGCCUCGGGGUCCAGCGAGGCGAGUCGGUGCAGUGGUUCAUCGGCGAUGGCGACCGGGAGUCGAAGAAGAGAAAAAUCAACGGGAAGAUGGUCAGAGAAGGGGUGGAAUUCUACAGCAACGGCGAUUUCUACGAGGGGGAGUUCCACAAGGGGCGCUGCAACGGGAGCGGCGUCUAUAAUUUCUUCGACAAGGGGAGGUAUGAAGGGGACUGGGUUGAUGGUAAGUAUGAUGGGUAUGGGAUCGAGAACUGGUCGAGGGGUAGCCGGUACCGGGGGCAGUACCGGCAGGGCCUGCGGCAUGGCUUCGGGUUGUACCGGUUCUACUCCGGGGAUAGCUACGCCGGAGAGUGGUUCAGCGGGCAGAGCCAUGGUGUGGGAAUGCAGACUUGUUCCGACGGGAGCUGCUAUGCAGGGGAAUUCAAGUGCGGGGUGAAGCAUGGCCUCGGAUACUAUCAAUUCAGGAAUGGUGAUCGGUACUCUGGAGAGUACUUUGGUGACAAGAUCCAUGGAUUUGGAGUCUAUAACUUUGCUAAUGGUCACUGCUAUGAGGGUUCAUGGCACGAAGGGAAGAAACAGGGGUUUGGAGCAUAUACAUUCCAUAAUGGUGACAUAAGAUCUGGAGGGUGGGACAGUGGAAUUCUAAUGAGCCCCUUACCACCAUCAAACCAGGCUAUCCAUCAGGCCCUUCGGCUCGAAAGGCUGCGGAGAAUGCUAUUCUCGUACCCCGGGUAGAUGAACAAGUAAACAAGGCAGUAACAUCUGCUAAUAGAGCAGCGACUGCUGCCCGAGUUGCUGCAAUCAAAGCUGUGCAGAACCGGAUGGAUGGAAAGUUCUGUGACACCAAUGUUUAGGGCCAAGCUUUUGCUUAAAUUGUACAUAUAAAUACUUAAUAAUCGCCAGUCUCAGAGUUUGCAACCAGGCACGGCAAAUACUUGCCUGGGUUUGAGAAUAAGAGGUAGGCUCACAAUUUUGGAUAUCUGGGUUCUGGAAUGCAUACUGCGGUCCCCUCUUGACUGUAACAUGUACAUAAUUUCUUAUGCGUAUGUUUUGGGCGAGCUUUUUAAUGCAACUUCUGCAGUUCUUUGUGUUUUCUACAGUUUCUAGAUUUUAAAUUUAAUCUACAAGUGGGGGUGUGAUCCCAUGUGCUCAAUAGUGAUUGGGUUUGGAUGUGCACACUCAAGUAUUCAUGGCUCCUCAUUUCUCUUAGUUACUGCUGUUCACUCAUUCUUCUAACCUUGGCUUCUGCAUCUGACAACUACAAUGUGUCACCUUUUCUCCUAUUGCAACUGGACCACUUAUUUUAUAUUGUCGCGUAUAAGAUUAACUGCUCCUUUUCCCUUUAUCCCAGAAAAAUUUCUCUGAUUCAACCACUCUCACCUGCACGCCCCUGUUUAUGCCAUUGAGAAAGUGAAUGGUGGAGUUUGAUUACAUGAGAUAGUUGAACUUGGUUGCUUGCAUGAGAUGUUAGUGU